AAUAAAAGUCGCAGCGAAAUAAGUAAACAAACGAACGAACCCUUGUUUCUCCCUCCCGCCAUAUCCAAACAGAACAAUCACUAUCCAUUUUCCACAUCCUAUCCAUUAAUUCACAUUGAUUUAUUAUCAAUUUCUCCAUCAAUUCAUCAUAAUCUGAUCCAUUGAUAAUUAAUUUCUACUUAAGAAAUGCGACAUUCAUCGAACCAGGUACCGGACGAUGAUGGCGGUUGUUCUAAUUUAGGUUAUAAUAAUCGUAAGGUUCGAUUUCAAACGUCGCCGUUUAUGACCGCAAGCUCUUUUCCUCCGUUGUUGCCUGAUAAACGAAGCUAUUGGAAGCGUGUUUCGUUUGGAAGAUUCUCCUCUCAACCCAUCGGACUCUCUGUUCUUAAAUUAGAUGGAUCCACCUUUGAUAUUAUUGUUACGAAGAAAGCGACCGUCGCUAAACUGAAACAAGCAGUUGAGGAUGCUUUCAGUCAUUUGCAUACACAAGGAGAUUGCUGGAUUUCAUGGCCACAUGUAUGGGGGAAUUUCUGUCUAUGCUUUGAGCACAUGAAGCUCCUUCGUGACCGUGAUCCUAUUGCACGAUAUGGGAUCAAGAACGGUGAUCAGCUUCAGUUUGUUCGACAUACGCCUAUCUACACUAUUGCAGGGGAAACAUCAGUGGAGAACAGUUGCGGCCCAGAUGAUUGCGAGGGGUCAUCAAGCACAUCAUAUUUGUGUGGCGACAUGAAAAAGAAGCAAAAUCUUGUGAAAAAUGAAGUUAGUGAAGGCUAUAAAGGUUUCGAUGCUAGUAAGAAGUAUACAAUGAGAGGGUUGCUUUCAGACCGAAGACAAGAAGGCCCGACAAAGAGAAAUUAUCGUGUUGUAAGACUUGGGCGACCGUUGCCAUGUGAUGAUGAAAACAGCAACAAAAGGAAAGAGAUUUCAUGCAGAUUGGAUACAUAUUCAUGCGGCUCGUUUUGUGACUAUGUUGGAGGUUUUGGUUAUCCGACGGGCUAUUGUUUGAAGUAAUGUUGCGGGUUUUUCACUACCUGAACCACCAAAGAUUAUCUUUUAAUUUGAAUAAAUGUGAUCAAGCAGUGCAAUGUCAACAGUUUACUGCUUUUGAGCUAUGCUUGCAAUGAUAUAGCAAAAGCAUCAUGUCCCUUUUUGAAAAUGUUAGAUGAAUGGUAAUAUGAUAUCACCCGAAUGUCGGAUAUGUAAAUAAUUCGUAAAAGCGAGUAUCCUAUAUUAUAUAAUCUAUUGAGGUGUUAA